ACUGUGUGGUACUGUAAAGAUGUUGGCCGUGCAGAAAUGCACCUGUAGCUAAAAAUAUGUCUGCUGCGAUCCAAAGCUGCUUGAUUGUAGGAUUGUGAAUUACUGCAGUCCGUAAAUCAACCCUGCUUGACCUUCUCUGGUGAUUAAGAACGGUGACAGCCCAAACUUACGCUGUUGCUUCAGUAACACUUUUGCGGCCCUGGACCUACCUGCAUGUGACAGAAUUGGGCAUUUUCUGUCUCUUUGACAGUGAGUGUGGAUGUGCAAUCAGCAGGAAGGGGCUAAUCCAGCCUGGGUCAUGUGACCUUUGUUUGUUUGGGCCACACGCACGCACUUGCUCAUUUAUGAGUGCCUUUUAAAACAGGGUAACUAUGUUUAUAGUAUUAUAACUAUUGUAAAUCUGCAGGGAAGUGAGUUUUUUCAAAACGUUGCUUUGUGUUUUCUAUCAGCAUGUCAUUUGCUUGUUUGUAGCAAUUAAGUUGUACAUUUUUAUAAUGUUUUUUACAUCAUUUUGAUCCAUCAGCAUCAUGUUGUUUGACUCUGUUUUAUAGCGGCAAUAAAAGGAAAAUAUUAACUCAUAUUGCCAUGCAUGUUUCUAUCAGUUCAGUCUGGAUCCCCUCAACCUUUGGUCUGUGGAAGGAGCCUGAAUUCUAGCUUCAUCUGUAAACCAGCCAAAAAGAGCAAAUCCAAAAAGGGCUCCUGUGGUUUGAAAUGGCUUAGAUGUCCCAGGGAGUUAAAAGUGGAGGAUCGACAAGCACCCCCAGAGUAAAGACUCUGUCUUCUUCCGGGAUGGCGUGCGGAGGGUCGACUUCGUCUUGUCCUACAUGGACGACCAUACGAAGGACGGGGAGAAGAAGCUGGAAAGGAGGAAGGAAUAUGAAGCCAACUUGAUAAAAGCAGGACUGGAGCUGGAGAUAGAAGAUAAAUCGGAAUCGGACGACGGCAAGACAUAUUUCCUGAAGAUUCACGCACCCUGGGAGGUGCUGGCUACCUAUGCAGAUGUGCUGAAGAUCAAGGUGCCCUUCAAAGCCAACGACAUCCCCAGCCACUACGAAAUGCCCCUGGAGUGGCUCUUCCGGCCCUUCCAGCUCCCUGAGAAGGUUAUGAACCCAGAGCCCGAUUACUUCACCUCCCCCUUUGACAAGAGCAAGAUAGAUUUCUUCCUCAUCGAGGACAAAGACACGUUUUUCCCUCCCUCAACACGCAACAGGAUUGUGUACUACAUCUUGGCCCGAUGUCCGUAUUAUAAGGAGGACCGCAAGGACAAGGAGAAGAAGGGUCUUAAGCGCUUGCUCAACAAUGGCACCUAUACCUCGGCAUUCCCACUACAUGAUUGCCGGUACUGGAAGCCAUCCAAGGACCCAAACUGCGAGAGCGAAAGGCACAACCUGUACAAGCACUGGGCCCACUUCUUCUGCUUCUACAAGGAGCAGCCUCUCAACCUCAUCCGGAAAUACUAUGGGGAGAAGAUCGGCAUCUACUUUGCCUGGCUGGGUUUCUACACGGAGAUGCUGUUCUUCGCUGCUGUGGUGGGCCUGAUCUGCUUUAUGUACGGGCUGUUCACCUAUGAUGAGAACGUCUGGAGUAAGGAGAUCUGUGAUGCUGAUAUCGGGGGCUCCAUAGUAAUGUGUCCGCUCUGUGACAAGAAGUGCGGUUACUGGAAGCUGAACUCCACCUGUGAAUCCUCCUGGCAAUCUCACCUGUUUGACAACGUGGCAACAGUUUUCUUUGCCAUUUUUAUGGGCAUCUGGGUGACCCUUUUUCUGGAGUUCUGGAAGCGCCGGCAGUCACGCCUAGAGUAUGAAUGGGAUCUGGUGGACUUCGAGGAGGAACAGCAGCAGCUCCAGCUGCGGCCCGAGUACGAGACCAAGUGCACUGGCCGGCGGCUGAACCGCGUGACGCAGGAAGUCGAGUGGGUUCUGCACAGGAACAAGGUGGAUUUUGUUGGCAAGCUGUUCCUGUGCUGGGUUACUGUGGUCCUGUGGAUGGCGCUCAUCAUCGCCAGCAUUAUCGGCGUCAUCGCUUACCGCCUGGCAGUGUAUGCCGCCUUCGCCAGCAUCAUGAAGGACAGCCCCACCAGUAAGAUCCAGGUGGUGGGCUCCCUCAUCACCCCACAGCUCGCCACCUCCGUCACGGCCUCCUGCAUCAACUUCGUCAUCAUCAUGAUCCUGAACUUCUUCUACGAGCGUGUGGCCAUCUGGAUCACUGACAUGGAAAUACCCAAGACACACCUGGAGUACGAGAACAAGCUGACGAUGAAGAUGUUCCUCUUCCAGUUUGUCAACUAUUACUCGUCCUGCUUCUACGUGGCCUUCUUCAAGGGCAAGUUCGUUGGCUAUCCGGGGAAGUACACUUACAUGUUCGGCGAGUGGAGCAGCCUGAGGAACGAGGAGUGUGACCCGGGUGGCUGCCUCAUUGAGCUGACUACCCAGCUGGUCAUCGUCAUGGCCGGCAAGCAGCUGUGGGGCAACGUCCAGGAAGCGCUGGUGCCGUAAGUGAACUCAUGGUCCCUGGCCCCACACCCACUCAUUUAGCCUGACGGUCCCUAACCCCAAACCCACUCAUUUAGCCUGACGGUCCCUAACCCCACACCCACUCAUUU